AUGCACCCUACAUUGGUAGUGAUUUCAAACGAAGAGAAAUUCAGGGUUAUGCUAGAUACGGGAGCUGGGAGCUCGUUUGCUUCUUCGACAUUUAUCAGACAUCUUGGAAUGAAACCAUCGCACUGGGAAUGGAAAACCUUUGAAACCAUGACAACAGUACGCCAGAAGUUACCUCUUUAUGAUGUCAAGUUAUUAUCUACUGAUGGUAAAGAAGAGCUAAAUGUCUCGUUGACCAUGUUGGACAAACCUGUUAUCACGACUUUAAGCAAUCCUAAAAUUGGAGAGUUGAAGAAGCAGCUUCCACAUUUAAGGUGACUAUGUGGUGACUAAGAUCCAAUUCAUCUGAUCCUUGGAGUCGGUGACUUAUCGCGGAUCAAGACGUCUACAUGCCGAGUCGGAGAUGUCAAUCAACCUGUUGCAGCUAGAGAAGACAACCUAUGGUUGGACCGUGAUGGGUCCUGGAAAGAAUGAGUCACACAUUAGUUAUUUUGCCAAAACAUUACAAGAGGAUUAUGAGAAGCUCUGCAACUUGGAUGUGCUGGGGUUACAAGAUCACCCUAUGGGAGACCAGAAUAUGGUGUAUGAAGAAUUUAAAGAGUCGCUGCAAAGGAACCGGGAUGGAAGUUAUAUCACCUGUCUGCCAUGGAAAGCAGCACACCCACCACUGAAAGAUAAUGCUACUAGUGCCAAAGCUCGUUUGGGAAGAUUACUUAAAAAGUUGGAGAGAUACCCGGUCUCUCUGCGAUUAUUCAAGAUAAAAUCAGUCAAGGAAUCGUUGAGCCAGCACCUGAUGAACCAACGGGGGAUAAAGAGUCCGCCGAAGCUACUAAAAUGCACAUUGUCUACGAUGCCUCCUCUGGUGAAAUUGCUAAAGCUGCUUCUCGAUCUAAAUGACUCUCUUGAGACAGGCCCACAGUUGCAGUCUCUCCUGCACAACGUCGUCGUGAGAAAUCGUUUGUGUCCGAUUGACUGCUGAUGUGAAACAAGCCUUCCACCAAAUGUGGAUCCAACCUAUCUUCCGGUUUUUCUGGAUUUCUGACCUGGAUCACAAGAACAUUGUAACACUCCGCUUUACCAGAGUUCCUUUUGGUUGUGUUUCUAGUCCGUUUUUGCUUGGGGCAACAUUGCAAGAACAUUUGAGCGCUUCGGAACAGAAAUACCCAGAAACUGUAGCUGAAUUAAGAAAUGAUCUUUAUGUUGAUGAUGUAAUUAGUGGCGGCACAUGCGAGCAAGAAGUGACGAAGGUCAAAGAGGAAGCCAAAGAGAUCUUUCACCAGGGAGGCUUCACACUUCACAAGUGGCAUUGCUCCGUAGCCAGUUUAGAAGAACCAGAGAACAAUGACUCGGAACAAACAUACGCGAAAGAAAGUCUCGGAACAAAGAUUGGCGAAGCGAAAAUUUUGGGAUUGAAAUGGAACAAACUAAAGGACACUUUAGCUGUCGAUUUUACAAGUUGCAAGGCAACGCAGGAAUACACAAAGAGAGGAAUCUUGAGGGCUAUGGCAAAGGUUUACGAUCCUUUGGGCUGGUAUCUCCUGUCAUGUUGGAAGCGAAACAUCUCUACCGAAUUGUCUGCGAGAAAAACUUACCAUGGGAUGCACACCUGGAAAAGGAAUUCAUUUGGCAUCAGUGGCUAA